AUGAACAACAGCGAUAAUGAGGAUUCCCAUAUCGAUGAAGAAAUCCACCAAUUCACCCAGAAUCUGGAAAGGGUGCGCAAGCGCAGACGGCUCACAGAGUUGCAGGCACAGAUCGCGGAGGAGAGGAGAUGGCUGCAAGAAGCGCAGGAACGCCUUGACAACGCUCGACAAAGCGUGGGCUCCGACGCUUCUGGCUCAGCCAGUGGUCAAUCACUGGGAUUUCCUAAAUCGCUUGUCGUUCCAAAACCACCUGUCAUCUCGAAAUCGCCAGCGUUCUCUGUUGCUCCCGGCCAAGAUACGAGCAGCGCUGUGGAUGCUUUGAUGGAAUCUGUUCUGAAUCAUUCCGGUGAAAAUACGGCACUGGGCAAUAGCAACACGUUUGAAAAUAGCCAAACAUUUGCUCAUAACAAAGGACUUCCCAAUGGUCAAGCGCCUAUAAAUUACGAACGCGUUCAACUAGGGGCUGAUCUUCCAGCAGCUCACCAUCCUUAUAUCCCAGACCCUGAGACUGCGACUUCUCCCCCUAUCCAAACGCGGAUAGCCGAUGGGGAAGUGAAACAGGAGUCAUCAGCUCCAGCGAUAUGGAGCAACGACGCCGCCCCUGGAUUUGUCCCAUUGGAACACCUUUUCUACGGAGGCCCGUAUGAAGGGGAGAACAAUAAAGAAAUGAAGCAUCUUUCCUCGGAAAUCGGACGUAAACCCAAGACAACAGAUGCAAUUCCUUCUCAACUAGGGACAGGUACCCAACCCGCUCUGCCGUGGACACCCAUCCAAUCUACACCUGGGCGUCGAGUCCUAGCUUCUCCGCCAAGUCCACCGGCUCUUGAAUUCGGAACCUACAGAGGGAAAAGAUGGGCUGAGUGCGUACAUUACAUCAAUACCAUGGAAGCUCACUUCUCCCGGUACCCUAAUUACUACACCGAGACUCGUAAAGUGGAGCUCGGGGCAAAAUACAUCUCGCCCGCGCUGAUGGACAAGUGGCACGAUCACAUAAUGUCGUCAGAAAACGCGUCAUGGAUGUCAUACUGUACCUUCCUGGCUCAGCAGCUCUCACGAAACGCAGACCACAGGCAAGCCCUUAAGGGAAUUGCAAGCGCCUCCCAGAAAAUUGCCCAACCUGUGACUCAUUUUGCUCUCUGGCUAAUCCAGUGGGAGCCUGUCGCUCCCGACGUUAGCAACAGUGAAUUUAGGGCCUACUUGCUGAGAGGAGUCCUCCCCGAUAUUCGCGCUCGUGCGAAAAAGUCGUACAUGGAGUUUUUGGAUUAUAAUUCAUUUGCUAUGUAUUUGCAGGAAAUCGAACACUCCACUCCAUCCCGAGCGAAAUUUUUCGCAAAACGGAAUAAUAGUACCGUCUCAAGUGACGGGCUUUUCGUCCCGAUGAAUACGAAUGAAGCUGAGCGGAAACACAAGGAAAUUUUGCCGUCAGACCUGCCUACCGAGCCGCGUAGUCAAUUUAUACGUCAAAAAUCAACAGAAGUGCCGGCUCCUCGGGACCUCGGACUCUACUCGGCACGCAGCUGGUGGGAAUGCAAAACUUUCAUGUCCAAAUUGCAAGAUUACUUCGACAAGUGCGGAAACCACUGCAAGGAAGCUCGCAAAAUCGAGAUCGGCAGGGACAAUCUCUCGUGUGCAUUGCUUCAUAAAUGGGACGAGCAUGCCGCCCAUCUUAGAACGGCAACCUGGUUCGCAUUCUGCGUUUUCCUCGUUGACCAAAUUCCUUCCGAAGGCGCAGGAAACUUCAAGUACACUAAUACCUACCAAAGGGUCAACCAAACUGUGUGCACCUUCUCGCUCGAGCUACUCCGUUGGGCUCCACCCAACUUCGGCGCAACGCAUAACCGUCUGCGGCAUCUGUGGGACCGGGUGCUCCCAGAAAUCCGUUCAAGGGCCCAUAAGAACUGGGAGGACUUUGACGAUUUUCAUGUCUUUGUUGCUUAUCUGCAGCAGGUCCAAGACUCCUUUUCAAUCCGAAAACAGACAGCAAAUCCGAGCCAACUCCUCCCACGAAAGAGUUUUCGCGUCGAUGAGAGCUCUUGA